GCAUUGUCAAAUUUGUCAUCAUCUAUGCAUCUAUGUUCAAAUCCUCCGGUUGACUGUUGUUUUCAUUAUCGAAUAUUCUUCUAAUCCCGUUUACAAGUGAGAAACAUCAAAUUUGAAUCGAAAAUGAGCUCUGUUGAUCUGCCAUUCCGGGCGGAAUAUUCGAAAAGCAGUCGUGCAAAAUGCAAGGGCUGCAAACAGCCAAUCGAACAGGCUGUUCUAAGAAUGGCGACUCUAACUCAGUCUCCAUUCCACGAUGGGAAGCAGGCCAAUUGGUUCCACUUUGACUGCUUCUUCACCAAGCGGAAAAUCAAUACUACAGACGAUAUCGACAACUUUGAAUCCCUGCGAAUUGAGGAUCAAGACCGCAUUAAAGCUAAUGUGGGGGCCCUGGCUGCUAUCGUUCCAGAUGCCAAGGCCAAAGGGAGAAAGCGUCCGGCCGAUAAAGAAGCGACAAAAGCAAAAAAACUGGCAUUGAAGGACUAUACUAUUCAAUAUGCCAAAAGUUCGCGGUCCGUUUGCAGAGGCUGCGAGCAGAAAAUCAUGAAGGACGACAUCAGAGUAUCAAAGAAGGAACAUGAUUCUGAUGUUAGCAGACAAGUUGGGGGCAUUGAUCAGUGGCAUCAUUUGACCUGCUUUGCUCAGCUCAGGUCCGAGCUGGGAUUCUUUGAAAGUGCUGAUAAAAUACCCGGAUUCCAAGGCUUAAGCAAGGAAGAUCAAACCCAAGCCAAAAAAACCAUACCGGCCAUAAAACAAGAAGACAUUCCAGAGAUCAAAAAGAUUAAGAUCGAGGAUGAUCCGUUGGAUGAGGAAUACAGGGAACAGAACAAAAUCAUGUUCAACUUCAGAGAUCAGCUGAAAGAAGUGCCCAAGAACGAAUUGAGGCUGCUAUUGCAAAGCAAUAAUCAGGAAAUACCCGAAGGUCUUGAGAGUUUGUAUGAUCGCAUUAGUGACAUAAUGACAUUUGGAGCCCUACAGCCUUGUAAAGAAUGCAAAGAUGGGCAGCUGAUUUUCGGUAAAGCGGGCUAUACAUGCACUGGAAAUUUGAGCGAAUGGGCCAAAUGUACGGUUGUAACUAAAGAGCCUGAAAGGACCAAGUUUGUGGUCCCCAAACAGCUAAAAGAAAGUCACCCGUUUUUGAAAAAGUACAGAUAUGUGGCGAGGAAAAGAGUUAUUAAAGAUGCGAAACCUUCUGUUUCUGUGAAAAAGGAAGCCAAGGAUGAAGUGGAUGGGCCUCCAAAAGUGACAAGAGCAUUGCCAGCCCUUUAUGAGAUGGAAUUCGUAAUUUUGGGGCACCCGAAGCGAGGCAAAGAUGUCCUGAAGAAAAACAUUUUAGCUUUGGGGGGGAAAGUGGUGACACGAAUUCACGAGACAAAUAUGGCCAUAAUUGCGGAUGUAGAGAUGGUUGAGAAAAUGGGAGUCAAAAUGCAACAGGCUAGAGACGAAGAGGUCCACAUUGUGUCAGAAGACUUCGUGGACGAGGCGAAAAACAAUGCAGGAAAAAUCCCAGAACUGAUCAUUAAAAAGUGCAUCUGUAGCUGGGGAUCAGAUCCCAAAGAGAAGCUUCCAAUACCAUCUUCCAAGUCAGCUCUCAAGUCGAAAAGCAGAUUCACCAGCAACGUGCCCAGCAAAAUCACCCUUAAACUAAAAGGUGGCUCUGCAGUGGAUCCCGAUAGUGAACUUGCAGAUGUAGCGCACGUUUAUGAAGACCAGGAGAAACAAAAGUGGACGGUCGUAUUGGGGCUUACCGAUGUGCAAAAGAACAAGAACAGUUACUACAAGUUGCAGUUGCUCAAAGCUGAUAGGAAAGACGCAUUUUGGCUUUACAGGGGAUGGGGCAGGAUUGGUACCACUAUUGGCGGCAACAAAACGGAAAAGCUCAAUGGCCUCUACGAGGCCCAAGACUUAUUCCGUCAACUGUAUGAAGAAAAAUCGGGAAAUCAGUGGGAUGAAAGAGACCAUUUCGUGAAAGUGCCCGGAAAAAUGUAUCCGAUCGAUAUUGAUUACGGCAAUGAUAAGCUUGAAAAUCUGGAUAUUGUCCAAAGUGACUCUAAGCUGCCCAAGCAAGUGCAAAACUUAAUAAAGCUAAUAUUCGACGUGAACCAAAUGAAAAAGCUCAUGCUGGAGUUUGAGCUGGACACGGAAAAAAUGCCGCUUGGUAAACUGAGCAAAAACCAAAUGCAGAAAGCCUACACUGUUUUAACUGAGCUGCAAUCGAUCAUCGACAAAGAAAAUAACCCAAACAAAUUGAUCGAGGCCACUAAUAGAUUCUACACUUUGAUUCCCCACAGUUUCGGAGUAGAUGAAGUUCCUAUUCUGAAGGACAAGGAGACUAUUAAGCAAAAAAUCGAUAUGUUAGACAGCCUUAUGGAGAUGGAGAUUGCCUAUAAUCUCAUGAAAGCUUCAGGUGGCGAGCAUACAGUGGACUCUUACUACAAUCAGCUUAACACGGAAAUCGACAUCCUCGAUAGAGAGUCUGAGGAAUUCGCAAUUAUUCAUGAAUACGUUAAAAACACUCAUGCAGCCACUCAUUCCAACUACCAAUUGGAGGUUGAAGAUGUGUAUGUUGUGAAACGAGAAGGCGAAUUUAAGAGAUACAAGCCGUUCCGCAAACUGCAUAACCGCAAGUUGCUCUGGCACGGCUCCAGGACGACUAAUUUCGCCGGUAUUCUGUCUCAAGGCUUAAGAAUAGCUCCCCCCGAAGCACCUUCGACAGGCUAUAUGUUCGGAAAAGGAGUUUACUUUGCCGACAUGGUAUCGAAGUCAGCCAACUACUGUUGCGCCAGCCCUAAGGAUCCCAGUGGUCUACUUCUGUUAUGUGAAGUAGCUUUAGGAAACAUGCUGGAAAAAACCCAAGCAGAAUAUAUCGAGAAGCCACCGAAAGGCCACCAUAGUGUUAAAGGUCUGGGUGCAACUCAUCCAGAUCCAAAUCUGGUUAAAAAAAUCGACGAUGUCGAAGUUCCUGUGGGAAAAGGCGUUCCAGCUGCAGGAGUAAAAGGCAGUACUCUUCUGUACAACGAGUACAUUGUCUACGAUGUUGCCCAAGUUCACAUUAAGUAUCUGCUGAAACUGAAGUUCAAGUACAUCUUCUCGUAAACAGAGAAACGGCGUUUAAUGUUGAUAAUAAUGUUUGAUUUAAUGUUACCUGUUAAAUACUUACAUAAUGUUCUGUAAUUGCCUCUAUUACUGUUAUGUUGUUUGUUCCAGUUCCUAACGUAGCUUUAAACAUCGCUAUUUGUAUGAAUUUGUCUUAAGGAAACUAUCAAGCUUGAUACUAAAAACCGAUAUUUUGGUUUAAUUCAUUUUCUAUGUUUCUAAUUAAAAAUAAACUGUUAACUAGC